AUGGAUAGAAACGCGUCCUGGUGGAUCAACUCCACGACAUUCCCGACUCCGCUCAACACCACAGCGAACGUCAACGCCACGCCCAAGCCAUUCAGCGUGUUCGACGGCUGCGACCAUCAAGUCGAAGGAAUUCUGUUUGACCUGACUCUGCAGUGCAUCAAUGUCGUGGUGGGGAUCCCCGCCAACAUACUUGUCAUCGCCAUUCUCAUCCACAAUCGCAAGGAGCCGACCACUUCCGACAUCUUCCUCGGCUGCCUGGCCUUCAUGGAUGCCUAUUUCGGCUCGAUGACUCCCGUCAGCUUCCUGAACCUCUACUACUGGCAGAGCAAAGAGGUUUGGUCGGCUCUCAAGUUCUCCUACGGGGUGAAGGACACCAGCGGGCCUCUGUUUCUGUCCUCCAUCUGCUUGGAUCGCUUCAUCGCUGUGCUCUUCCCGCUGACUUUUGGCAAACUGAAGCCCAUUGGGUACAGGUUAGGUCUGUCGGUGCUGCUGCUCUGCCUCACCUUUGCUUACUCCGCAGCUAAAACAGUGGGAGGUUUGCUGAACUUUGAGAAGGUCUUCACUGGCGAGAUCCUUGCCACGUUCACCUGGAUGCUCGUGUGCAACGCCUGCAUCCUUUGGGCCCUUAAAAAGUCCAGAGGAGCAGGUAAAGAUGAGAUGCACCCCAUGAAAAAAAGAGCCUUCAAAAUGGUGCUCUCGCUGCUCUGCAUCAUCAUCUUUAACUACCUGCCGCCCGUCGCACUUUUCCCCUUCGAAGACCAUUACGCUCCACGCGUGUUCCGAUGUUACGUACAGCCUGUUGGUUUCGCCUUCCUCAAUAUCAGCAGCACCAUCCAGCCGCUGGUCUACCUCUCGCGGCUGGAGAAGAUUCCCUUUCUCCCGGACUCCUGCGUCCAAAAAUGUUGCCCCUGCAUGAGUGAAAACAAGAAGAAAACACCUCAAAAUCCACCGGCGUAG